AUGAGCACACAAAAGAAGCUUCCAAAUGGAACAAUGGCAGCUAAUCGUGCCAAACGGCCACAGCCCGACCGCUUUAAAGUCUCGGACAUAGUCAACAGCAGAAUCCGGGAACUCAUACCGGCCGAAAGUCAAAGUGUCUUCUGUAGGUUUCAAGGCAACUUGCGAACUUACCUCAGCCUCCAGAGCCGGGCCGUUCGAGAGAGAAAGAAAAUCUCGAAUCUUAUUAGCUUCACCUCCACCCAUAUAGGUCCAGAUGCCCUGGCGGUUCCUGCAAGUACAUAUGUCAGAGAUACUUGGGGACGGGACGGAACCACAAUUCUUCGCAUGGUAGAUGACGCCAUCAGAACUGAUCAAGUGCGAAAAGUUGAGGGCACCCUUUCCAACGGUUGCAAUGUUUCAAUCGCUGUCCAUGAGAAUCACCUCGAUCUUAUCAUCAAGGGCCCACAAAACCUAUUCUCCAAAAUCGUUGAGCAGCUAUGCUGGUUGGUAUGUGUUGCAGGCCAUAAACCAAUCACAUACUUGAGGAAGUACAUCAAGCAAACGAACCAAGGGACAACAACACGCUCAGAGGUCGAGACCAUAUACACUGAAAGGCCUAUAAUCAAUUCCAAAGACGGGUACCACGUCCAGGUCUCUUUCACUGAGGCGUCAGUCGAGGAUGCUCCGAAGGGCUCUUUGUCUGCGACACCAGGUCACUGUUGGAAGACAAUGACCGGGCUCACCAUCGUUGCACGUGGUUUUGCAAUCCCUCCCAGACCACGGCAAGGCUCGGGGCUUGAGGCUUCUCUCGCGGUCCUGCGACAGCUCUUCAGACGCGGCUUCCCCAGCACUCACCCCGUCGCGAUGGACAAGCCAAUGGCCCUGUUUCCCCCACAAGCAACCAAGAGAGUUGAACGAGCAGGCAAAGCCGCCGACGUUUACGAGCUGAGAUUAAUCAUGGCCGCAGACUGCGAGCGGCCACUGCGGGCAAAGCGAAAUGUCAUCUACUGGCAUUUUGACCCGGCAAGAAUAUGCGCGUCGGAAAAUUCAAUCCAGGAGCUGGAAGACAGCAUCACUGUUGAACCGUGGGCUGUUGAUCCGCAGUCCCGGCACUUUGUCGGAUGGAGCACAGCUGCGGGGCUAUUGGCCAUGUCGACCAAGCCUAUCCCACUUGGCGGGUUUUGCAGCCUGAGGCAUCGCGGAUACUUCGAGUUUGUCUUAACAAGCAUAGCAGUCAACCUUCGAUUACCCGGGCUCCUGUCAUUGGGGUUCAACGUUGCGGCCGAGAAAGUCGAAACCUCGGCCAUCAAAGACAAGAUGCCCGAUCGUGACACACAGCUGCAACAAAUUCGCGGCCGCAAUUUCGUCAUCUGGGAUGUAGAUCGCAAACGAGGCUGGCUACUCCGUGGUGAUGUCGUGGCACUACACGUGCUUCGCCUGUACCUCGGGCAAGCGGCGACCACAGAGGAAUUCGACUUCUCCUCUUUGAAGAUCCUCAAGGAUGUUGAAAAUGAUGCCUCCCCCGCAUACAAAGUACUUAGUUGGCUCAACGACGAAAAGUCAGCACUCAAACAAAUCUUCAAGGGACAUUCCGAUACUGAAGACGACGCGGAGAAGAAACUCAAGGAGGCACUUGGUCCAAAGCUAGACACCAUAUAUGCCCAGUUGUUGCAUAUGUCCGAUGGUUCACCACGAUUGAAUCAACACGGGGCUAGCAUCUCGGGCCCGCUUCGGACAUGGUUCAAGAAGAAAUGGAGCACUACUCUGAGAGGGUGGGAUCUCAAAGCACUCGCCAGCCUCGAUGAAGCCCACCCGCUUCCCGGCUCAUCUUGUUGUCACUUCCCAACUCUCCCUGCUGGUAAAAACUUUCUUGCUUCUAACAUGGAAACACUUGGUCGACUCGUCGAGAAGUAUGGCGGCGAUGACAAGAUGGGCGACCCGCCCGACACAACUGUGGCUAGGUUGAGCAGAUGCCACGGUUGGGAGAAGGGUCUGGAUCCGUUCGAACGCAAAUAUUGCAAAGGCGAUCACGACCAUCUGAGCACCUUGGGAACUAGUUGUUUCCCGCAUGAGGUCGGCGAGCUCGGUCGCUUCGAGGGCUACUGGAGGCUCUCAGACCCAGAGCACAUCUUCGCAACCACCUGA